AUGGAGCUCUCUCGCAAAAUGGUGGCUGCUCUUCUGCUCCUUGUGGUUCUUCUGCCCGCUUUCGGGACGAUACAACAGGCAACAGCGAAGAGGACUGUUGCGGAGAAAAUUGUCUGUGGGACCACCGUAACAUUACCAGGGUGCACCGAGCAAAGCUGUGCGAGUGCUUGCGCAGGUGGCCGUUUAAGCCAACUAAGUGCAUUAGCGAUGAUCAGUGCAAGUCGUAACGUUGCAAAGCGGCUAUCUUCUCCGCUUCACAGUGCAAGUCUGGUCCGCUUCCUCCUUCGCCAAAUGGCCAAGGCUCCAAAUCCCGAACCCCAAAACUCAAACCCCUUACCAUCCACCGCCGCCAACACCACCGGCGGGGCCAAAUGCUUCGACGUUACCUACCUCCAGACGUUGGACAACGACACUGCCUCUUCGAUCCUAGAGUUCCUCGUGCGGCAGCGGUCGAUCCCUGAAUAUGUCGUAAAUGCGGUCUUCCUCGCCCUUCCCCUUGUCAAUCCAAUUUCAUCCAGCCUUAAGAAGGCGAUCCUCUUCCGGCGACUUGCCUCCGAGUUGGUGCACCGUUCUGUCUCUGAGAAAACCCUAACUAUAUUCGAGCUCAUCGAGGAAGUCGACCGCGAGAAUGGCGGCUUACCGCCUUGUGAGUCUAUGAAGGCCGCUUACUGUGCCGUUGCAUCGUCGUGCACCGCUGCCGCCCUUCGUAAGAAUGUGGAUGAGUUCCUUGAUUCCUUCUAUCGGAUAUGGAUACUGCGCAUGUGCGACAUUGAGAAGUCAGCGGCGGCUUCUUUGAUCUCAGAGGAGCUUCGGGAGGUGAGGGAUAUUUUUUGGGAGGUUGUGAAGGAUCCGGAGCUUCAGCCUUUGGUGGUCAGUACCGAUUUGGAGGAAACACUGGAUCGAGUUCGGGGUUAUCUGGAGGAGGUGUGGGAUAUGGAGCCUUUGUUCCCUGAGGUGGCCGUAGCAGUAGAUGACAUUGAGGAGAUUAGGGCAGAUUUGAGAGUUCCAGGAGAGAUGAAGGACCCCAGAGAAGGACUAUCAGGUUUGAAGAAUCAGAGAGUUGGUUUUGCUGAGCCUGCUGAGUUGGAACGUCUUUUAAUGAAAGCGGGUAUGGAGGCACAAAAUAAAAUUGUUGAACCUAUCGAUUCUGAUUAUGAGUAUGAUGGUCAGUUGGAUCAGGACAAAGGUUUGGAAAUCAGUAAGAGUUCUUCUCAACUGCUGAAUGCUGGUGUUGAGAAAGAGCGAGAUUCCCUUCUUGAUCCAGGAAACAAUGCUUCUGAAUUACUAGCAGAGAAUUCAGAACAAGAAUGCAACAUGAAAUGUAAGGGAAGUAAUGGUCAGAACAGAAGGGAUAAACUGAUUGCUGAUUCUGAAAUAGGAUCUGAGGUCGCUGGCACUAAGGGGAAACAAACAGAUGAUGAUGAGCAAGCCUUAAAAGCAUCUUUUCUGGAUCUUCAAAGUAUGGUGCGGAACACCCUACUUGACGCAUCAAACAAAGCUAUUGAGCUACAAGCAGUGAAUCCAGAAGAAGCAUACAGUGGGGAGUUAAGGGCAAAUGAUGUUCAGAACAGAAGGGAUGAAAUUGCGUCUACUUCUAAAAUAGGUACCAAGCAUACUAGUAUUGAGGGAAAUGAGAAAAUUGCCACGUUGAAUAAGCAUCAGAAACCUUCAUGCUUGAAGGAAAAGGAAGAAAAUCAAAAUGGGCAGGAUGUACGUGCAAAGAUGGCUUCCUUGGAGAAGGUUCCUGAUAUUCCACCUGACGGGAAAAACUACUCCACACAAAACAAUAGCAGCUCAGCUUCUCUUCCUAGAGCUAGUCUUAUGGAGAGAAACCCAACUGCCCAUACAUUGGAGGAUGCUCACAACCAUGAUUUUAUUUUUAUGAUAUCAUCAAAAGUAUCAUGUUUUACAAACUUUAGUUGUCCUACAAAUAUUCAUUUUUCUCACACCAACUCAGGUACUGAAAAUGCCUAUUUUUCUUUUGUAUUCCUCUACUCUGAAUCCUUAAUCAAAGUUCUUCAAGAAUCUUUGGCUAAAGUUGGUAGGACCCUGAAGGAGGUUUCUCCUCAGGCCCCCUUGAAGGGUUCCGGCAAGUGGACAGAUUCACCACGUCCGGAAGGGAGAAUUCAUUUACAUAGCCCAACAAGGGAACCUGUUUCACCUUUGAAUUUGAUUGGUGAUAAAAGAUAUGCUAAACGAAGGAAAGUGAGGAAAUGGACUUUGCUGGAAGAAGAGACUUUGCUAAAGGCUGUGAGAGAGCAUGGUAAAGGGAACUGGAAAACCAUCCUGAUUAGUUACCCUAGCAUUUUUGAAGAAAGAACUGAGGUUCCCAAGGAUCCUAUUGACAAAAACCGUUUGACCAUCCGUUUGCGGGUGGAAGGCGGUGGAGAACUGCAGUUUAGUACCCAUCUUAAGCCAUAA